AGAUCAAACGUUUCAACAAGGAUACCUCGGUGUUCAACCAUCGACAAUCCAAGGAAACUUUCACCUUCGUUAUAAAAAAACAAAACCACUAUUAGCUUAUAGUGUCGAUAUUUUUUUUAAAGGAAAAAUCAUGGUUGAAUGGAACGAUGGUCAAAACAUUCAUUCUGGGUUCAAAACAUUGUUCGAAUAUGGUGCUCGUGUCUGGUCGGCAGAGUCGAUACAGCAUCACAAACUUUCCGCCAUUAAAACCACAAGAGGAAAUUUAAUGACAAUUUUGACACCACAGACAGCGGAUCAUGAACAGAUUAAAAUGAAACGUUUUGGUGAAAUUACAAAUUUAGAUUUGCCAUUUGAAUUUUUAAUUCCCAACAACGCAUUCUCCUCGAUUACUUCAAUAAAUUCCUUAAGUGCAGUCGGAAAGAUCUCAUAUUAUAUCAAAGCUGUAAUUUCUCGACAUAUACCGCCAUACAAAUUCCUACAAAAAUCUUCAAAAGUUGUAGAAAUUCGGUGUCCAAUUAUGCGCUGGAAUUUACCAUUAAACACAGCACCUCAACCAGUAACGUUAACGAAGUCUAAUGAUUCACUUGAAUGCCAAAUAACCUUCAGGCAGACUACUUUUAAAAAAGGAAGUUUGAUACUAGUUCCAAUCAAACUUGUUAUUCAUGAUCCGAAAAUAUUUAUUAAAAAGAUUUUUGUUGAACUUAGAGAAUGUCACCUAUUAAAAGUAAAACGUCAGGAUCAAAUUGUUGAAAGAUCUAUUAUCACGAGUAAAGUGCCAAAUGAAAAUCUAUUGCGGAUUCCGGACACUGAGAACGAAUAUUCUAUAGAAAUGAAAUUGGAUACGAGUCUAAUUGAUUCAAAACAUCCUUUAAACGUGAGCAUGUCCAACGAUACCCCUCCAUUAACUCGAUAUUCAGAUGUGGAUAUUGAAGUCUCUCAUAAAAUUAUUGUUAAAAUAUUUGUAAGAAACGCACAGGAUUUAAUUCUUGUUAAGGCAAUUAAUAUCGUUAACGCUAUUAAUGAGAAAGAAGCUGAGAGGCUUAUAUAUGGAUGGCCUAAUAUUGAUUCUGAAUGGAGAUAUGAUCAACUAUUAUUGUUUCCACCAUCUUGA